CCUCCCGUGUCUUGCCUCCCCUGUCCCUGGCUCUGGUUCAUUGAUAAGUUCACACCGUCUUCGACACGUUGCCUGUUGAUGAUGGCCGCACAAUAGACAUGCAUGAUUUGCUUACUCCCGAGACUUUUCAAGCGCACGUCAGCCUUCUAGGGUCUGAGGAUGCCGCUUGUAAAUCGAUACAGAAUAUGUGGGACAAUACAUGCCCACACUCGGUGAUUGACCUUUGCCUCAAACCGUUGCGUAACUCAGAUGACGAUGAUGUCCGGGUCCAUCAAUUGUUUACCGAGUACUCGGUCCGUAUCUGGGGCGCAGACCUCGAGUGCACGCUUCAUUAUCGCUUUGACUUCGUCGACCCUUGCACGGGUCAUCCAGUCAAUCCCUCCAGUGAGCGGGGGAUGUACUUUGCUGCUAGCACCUUCUCGCGCAUGUUGCGAACGUGGUUCCCUUUGGUGCAACCGGGAAAACGAAUUCCGAGACAGGACACGAGAAGGACCUGUACAUGUAUCCAGAAGGCACGAGAUUUCGCGUUGUUUCUCCUUAAGGACGUGAACUCGGGAACCCAUUCACGUUGAGGCGGAUUAAGUUAUCGUGAUCCGUACGGCUUUAUUUGCUCUAAACUCAGCGGCGCAGCUCAUUGAAUUGUACGUAUGUACAGCUCACUUGAACCGCAGCGGAACACGUACUAAUAGGAUUGACGGUAUGGACGGUGCAACAUGAUAAUCCGUCAGAGGCCCUGACAUCAUGCGUGUGCACUUAUUCCUGUCGGCUUAUGGUUCGAGAAGGCGAUGAGGAGCAUUCCGUUGAAUCUGAAAAGAGCGCAAGGCAUGUAGCAAAGAACUAGACCAAACAUAACAUAAAAUAUGAAUACAUACGAGUACAUACCUGAA